CAUACUUCUAUCCUACUUGAUUAGUCCAUGAGAUAGAUCGCCAACUGUUAGCAUCAUGCAUUUACGACCUCUACUUCCCGUAGGUCUCUUAUUAUUCAUAGUAGGAACAGGAUCAUGCCUAAGUUGCUUGCUCUGCAAGGACUUGUUGGAUUGUAAAGGCAACACGACCGAAAAGAUUGAAUGCCACAUGAUGGAAGAUGUUUGCUUUCAAAUUUUUCAUCCAGAAACAGGAGCCGUGUUCAGGAGAGCAUGUGGUGCACCUACUGUUUGUGACAUUUAUGCAAAGUGUUCUACGUGUAAUGUUAACGACUGUAACUCGUCGAUGAAUAUUUUACCAUCUUUUUUAAUGAUCAGUCUAGCAACCGUAAUCGCCAUGAAGUUAUUCUGAUUCGUAUCUGAGUACAAGUACAUAGAUAGAUGUACCUAUUUUAAAAUGAUUAGUUAUCUAUAAGAUUAAAAUUUUUAAAGUACA